GUACGGAUGAGAACGGUCGCCAACAUGGACGUGGAAUCACCGAUAAGAGAAUAAUGUUUGAGGAUCGUCGAAACCCACGAGUUGGCCGGAUCUUGUUGAUGGCUCCACCCCCGCUACCUGUAAACCGCCCUCCCAGUUCCUUAUCAUCUUCCAAAUAGAUCUGACAGUCAGCCGCUAUCAUCUGGCCGCCACUGAAGCAAGAAGAGGACAAGAAAACCUAUGGACAGCGUUAUUGAACAGCUUUAAUGAACGGAAAUAAAUAAGUCAUCUGCGGUCAUAAAGAGAGAAAGUAGUAAUCAACACCUAACGAGAGCGCUAAAUGGACCAGAAAUAACGGACUUAAAAAGCGGCGGUUGGUUCUCAACAAGGUGGAGUUUUGUGAGUGAGGGCGAGGGUUACCAUCGAUUGCCUUUACGCGAUUUGGUUACCUGAUGGAGAAACCAGAACGACAUGUGACUCGAAGAUAAUUGCUGCCUUUCCUGGAAAUAUUGAACUAUUACACCAAAAGAAACAACAAAGAAGAACAGCAACGGGAUUUUCAAUAUAUAAUUAUAUGAACGAGUUUUGAAGAAAUAUCUGAUUUCGCAUACAAUUCGCAUAUAACUUAUUGUGCGAUCUGUGAAUGACUUCUGCUAAUGGAACGAUCAUACCCUGUCCUUUGAAGUGCAGUUUCUGCGUCACAGGUCGCUGAGAACACAACAUUUACAUUGAAGGACUGAUGUAAACGGACAGGGUAGAGUACAGGAAGGAAGGUUGGUAGUUAGUUGAAGCAAUAUGGCUGAAUUGUGGGGUAUGGGGCACUGGCUGGAACUACCCAUAUCGUCUGGAUACUAGUUAUAGAACAUGGAAACCUAUCCCUGGGCAUCAGUAGCCUCAGAAUAAUGCCUAAAGGUAAACAUAGUUACUACCCGGACUCUCCCUCUAUCCGCAUAUCCAAGAUGGAUGUGAUCAUCCCCUUCUCCCCAGAUGUGCCCUGUGAUAGCAACGGGCAGCGCAUGUGGUGGGCUUUCCUUGCCUCCUCCAUGGUCACGUUCUUUGGGGGUCUCUUCAUCAUUCUGCUCUGGAGAACUCUCAAGUACCUGUGGACCGUCUGCUGCCACUGUAACACCAAAAAGAAGAAUGCUCAGCGGGUCCACAACCCUACCUCCCAUGGGGAUGGGAUCAAGCACACCAAGGAGACGGUGGCUGCACUCAGUGAGGUGGGCUGGAUGACCUCCGUCAAAGACUGGGCUGGGGUCAUGAUAUCAGCCCAGACACUGACGGGCAGAGUCCUGGUGGUGCUUGUCUUUGCCCUCAGCAUCGGAGCUCUUGUAAUAUACUUCAUAGAUUCCUCUGACCCCAUCGAGUCCUGUCAGAACUUCUACAAAGACUUCACGCUACAGAUUGACAUGGCUUUCAACGUCUUCUUCCUCUUGUACUUUGGUCUACGGUUUAUUGCAGCCAAUGACAAGCUUUGGUUCUGGCUGGAGGUGAACUCAGUGGUGGACUUCUUCACUGUUCCCCCAGUGUUCGUGUCUGUUUAUCUCAACAGGAGCUGGCUUGGCUUGAGGUUUUUAAGGGCGUUAAGGUUGAUACAGUUCUCAGAAAUCUUACAGUUUUUGAACAUAUUAAAAACAAGCAAUUCCAUAAAACUGGUGAACUUAUGUUCAAUCUUCAUAAGUACAUGGCUAACAGCGGCAGGCUUCAUACAUCUGGUGGAAAACUCAGGGGAUCCUUGGGAAAACUUCCAAAAUUCCCAAGCACUUUCCUACUGGGAAUGUGUCUACUUACUCAUGGUUACUAUGUCCACUGUGGGCUAUGGAGACGUGUAUGCAAAAACCACCCUGGGACGACUUUUCAUGGUCUUCUUCAUCCUUGGUGGUUUGGCCAUGUUUGCGAGCUACGUCCCUGAAAUCAUAGAGUUAAUAGGAAACCGCAAGAAAUAUGGUGGUUCCUAUAGUGCGGUUAAUGGGAGAAAGCACAUCGUGGUCUGUGGUCAUAUAACACUUGAAAGUGUGUCCAACUUCCUUAAAGACUUCCUACACAAGGACAGGGAUGAUGUCAAUGUAGAAAUUGUUUUUCUCCAUAAUAUUUCCCCUAAUCUUGAGCUGGAAGCCUUGUUUAAACGCCACUUCACCCAGGUGGAGUUCUACCAGGGAUCUGUUCUCAACCCACAUGACCUGGCCAGAGUCAAGAUAGAGUCAGCAGACGCCUGUUUGAUCCUAGCUAAUAAAUACUGUGCAGACCCUGAUGCUGAGGAUGCCUCCAACAUCAUGAGGGUGAUAUCCAUCAAGAACUACCACCCAAAAAUCAGAAUCAUUACCCAGAUGUUGCAGUACCACAACAAGGCCCACCUUUUGAAUAUUCCUAGUUGGAACUGGAAGGAGGGUGACGAUGCCAUUUGCCUUGCUGAGCUGAAGCUGGGCUUCAUAGCACAGAGCUGUCUGGCUCAGGGCCUGUCCACCAUGCUGGCCAACCUCUUCUCCAUGAGGUCCUUCAUCAAGAUUGAAGAGGACACGUGGCAGAAGUAUUACCUGGAAGGAGUAGCCAAUGAAAUGUACACUGAGUAUCUGUCUAGUGCCUUUGUGGGCUUAUCCUUCCCGACCAUUUGUGAACUCUGCUAUGUGAAGCUGAAGCUGCUACUGAUUGCUAUCGAGUACAAGUCUGAUAUAAGGGAAAGCAGCACCCUCAUCAACCCUGGGAACCAUGUGAAGAUGCAGGAAGGAACCCUGGGCUUCUUUAUCGCCAGCGAUGCCAAAGAAGUAAAGAGGGCACUCUUUUACUGCAAAGCUUGUCACGAUGACAUCACAGAUCCCAAAAGGAUAAAGAAAUGUGGAUGCAAACGAUCAAAAAAUAACUAUAACGGAUAUAUCAAAUCAAUCGAAGAGGAGCAGUAUUCGACACUGUCGCCUAAAAAGAAACAACGUAAUGGAGACACAAGGAACUCACCCAACGGUUCACCAAAAAUGAUGAGGCAUGACCCUCUCCUCAUGCCGGGGAACGAACAGAUUGAGAACAUGGACAUGAACGUGAAGAAGUACGACUCCACAGGGAUGUUCCACUGGUGCCAGUCCAAAGACAUCGAGAAGGUCAUCUUGACCAGAAGUGAAGCUGCCAUGACUGUCCUAAGCGGCCACGUGGUCGUCUGUAUAUUUGGAGACGCGAAGUCGGCUUUGGUGGGUCUAAGGAACCUUGUGAUGCCUCUGAGAGCUAGCAACUUCCACUACCACGAGCUGAAACCCAUCGUGUUUGUGGGUUCUCUGGAGUACCUGAAGAGGGAAUGGGAGACCCUUCACAACUUCCCCAAAGUCUCCAUCUUACCUGGCACACCAUUAAGCCGGGCCGAUCUGAGGGCUGUCAAUAUCAACCUCUGUGACAUGUGUGUCAUCCUGUCGGCCAAUCAGAACAAUAUUGACGACGCGUCACUGCAGGACAAGGAAUGCAUCCUGGCGUCACUCAACAUCAAGUCCAUGCAGUUUGACGACAGCAUCGGGGUCUUGCAGGCUAACUCCCAAGGUUUCACUCCACCAGGCAUGGACAGGUCCUCUCCUGAAAACAGUCCACUUCAUGGGGGGUUGGUCCGACAGGCUUCCAUCACAACAGGGGCCAACAUCCCCAUCAUCACUGAACUAGGUAUGUCAGCAGUGAAUGACGCCAAUGUUCAGUUCCUGGACCAGGAUGAUGAUGAUGACCCUGACACAGAAUUGUACCUCACUCAGCCCUUUGCCUGUGGGACGGCCUUCGCAGUCAGUGUGCUGGAUUCCCUGAUGAGUGCGACAUACUUCAAUGAUAAUAUCCUCACCCUGAUCCGGACGCUGGUAACAGGGGGGGCCACUCCGGAGCUGGAGGGUCUGUUGGCGGAGGAGAACGCAUUACGAGGAGGCUACAGCACGCCGCAGACCCUCGCUAACCGGGACAGGUGUCGUGUGGCACAGCUAGCCUUGUACGACGGGCCUUUCGCUGACUUGGGAGAUGGUGGCUGCUACGGUGACUUAUUUUGUAAAGCUUUAAAAACAUACAACAUGCUGUGCUUCGGAAUUUAUCGAUUAAGAGACGCACAUUUAAACACACAAAGUCAUACAAGUCAAUGCACUAAACGGUAUGUGAUAACCAAUCCGCCAUAUGGUUUUGAGUUGGUGCCAUCAGACCUGAUCUUCUGCCUGAUGCAGUUUGACCACAAUGCGGGUCAGUCCAGGGCCAGCCUCUCCCACAGCUCCCACUCCUCCCAUUCUUCCAGCAAAAAGAGCUCCUCCGUCCAUUCUCUCACUGCCACCAACCGUACCAACCGCGCCAAGAGCAGGGACUCGCGGGACAAACAGAAUGCAACAAGGAUGAAUAAAAUGGGCCAAGAAAAGACAUGGUUUACAGAUGAGCCUGAGAACGCGGCCUACCACAGGAACAUUCACAUCAAGCCAAUGAGUACUAGUCACAGUAGUCACACAGCCAACCACCAGGUCAACCAGAACCCUUACAAAUCCACCAACAACCAUAUUCCAUCCAUCAGAGAGGUGGAGGACGAAUGCUGAACUACAGAACCCCAUGUUGACACCUACAGUUGAACCCACCUGUAGAACACCUGGAAAAAGAACUUGGAACUCGAACCCAAGAACAUCUAGAACCCACCUAGAGAACACAUGGAAGUACACCUAAAACCCGUGGAACUGGAACCUGAAGAACACCUUAAAGCUUGAAUCUUUAGUUGCUUUAAUGAUAUAUACCCAUUGAAUCUUGGAGAAUAUAACUUAAACUUGCCUCAGGAGCUUAGUUCAACUGUCGUACCCCAUCAGAACCCAAAAUAUAAGUUUGUUUUACUCCAAUGUUUGUAAACAAUGUAAAUGUAAACAAAUACUGUAUCGCCUCAAAACAUGGUUAAAACUGUAAUGUUGAUAUUUUGGCUGGUCAGUCCUUGCAUCCACAGCUCUCUCUCUGAAUUAGAGAGUGGUUACAUUGCACCAGGCCCAUCACUCAGCUUUUUUACCCCCCAAAAAGGGUUGACCGCUUUAUUGUUUCAAGUAAAGAUUCUAGCUUUAAAGGGAUACUUUGGGAUUGUAUAUAUUUCCCCCAGAUUAAAGAUGAACUCGUGGAUACAAUUUGUAUGUCUCUGUGUCCAUUAUGAAGGAAGUUUGAGUUAGUUUCACGAGCCAAUGCUAACUAGCGUUACACAUAGACUCCCAGUCAUUGCGCUAUCUGCUAACGUGCUAGCAUGCUAGCAGAUACCCAUAGACUUUCAGUCAUUGCGCUAGCAACCUCCUUCAAACUGCAUGCAGAGAUAUAAAAAUGGUAUCCAUUCUGAGGAAGUAGAUUUAGGGCCUCAUUGCCAAAAUCCCGAAGCAUUCUUUUAACAUAGAACUCCAGAGAACAAAGGAGUAGUUGGGACGAAUGGGGUGUUUGCAUGGGAAAACAUCAUUCAGUAUUCUCCCUCAGAUUCCUUCUUCAUCAGUCACGAGUUACUGAUCGCAUCAGUACAAACUAACCUCUUGGAAAAGGACAACCUUUUUCCAGUUCAUAUGUACAGUACAUGCAGUAACAUAAUAUAUAUAUUUAUAUAUAAAUGAAGCAACGUAAUAUACAUAAAUAUAAUCAUAUAUCAAUCAAAUGUACAGUCAGACAGUCAAUAACGUUAACACUCAGCCAUGUAGUUUGCACAGCCAGUUCCUCCUUAGUGACCAGACUCCAUCAAUUACCUAUUUUGGAGAAUGAGGGUCGCUUCAGUCAGAAUAGAUACAGUGCCUUGCGAAAGUAUUAGGCCCCCUUGAACUUUGCGACCUUUUGCCACAUUUCAGGCUUCAAACAUAAAGAUAUAAAACUGUAUUUUUUUGUGAAGAAUCAACAACAAGUGGGACACAAUCAUGAAGUGGAACGACAUUUAUUGGAUAUUUCAAACUUUUUUAACAAAUCAAAAACAGAAAAAUUGGGCGUGCAAAAUUAUUCAGCCCCUUUACUUUCAGUGCAGCAAACUCUCUCCAGAAGUUCAGUGAGGAUCUCUGAAUGAUACAAUGUUGACCUAAAUUACUAAUGAUGAUAAUGAUAAAUACAAUCCACCUGUGUGUAAUCAAGUCUCCGUAUAAAUGCACCUGCACUGUGAUAGUCUCAGAGGUCCGUUAAAAGCGCAGAGAGCAUCAUGAAGAACAAGGAACACACCAGACAGGUCCGAGAUACUGUUGUGAAGAAGUUUAAAGCCGGAUUUGGAUACAAAAAAGAUUUCCCAAGCUUUAAACAUACCAAGGAGCACUGUGCAAGCGAUAAUAUUGAAAUGGAAGGAGUAUCAGACCACUGCAAAUCUACCAAGACCUGGCCGUCCCUCUAAACUUUCAGCUCAUACAAGGAGAAGACUGAUCAGAGAUGCAGCCAAGAGGCCCAUGAUCACUCUGGAUGAACUGCAGAGAUCUACAGCUGAGGUGGGAGACUCUGUCCAUAGGACAACAAUCAGUCGUAUAUUGCACAAAUCUGGCCUUUAUGGAAGAGUGGCAAGAAGAAAGCCAUUUCUUAAAGAUAUCCAUAAAAAGUGUCGUUUAAAGUUUGCCACAAGCCACCUGGGAGACACACCAAACAUGUGGAAGAAGGUGCUCUGGUCAGAUGAAACCAAAAUUGAACUUUUUGGCAACAAUGCGAAACAUAUGUUUGGCGUAAAAGCAACACAGCACAUCACCCUGAACACACCAUCCCCACUGUCAAACAUGGUGGUGGCAGCAUCAUGGUUUGGGCCUGUUUUUCUUCAGCAGGGACAGGGAAGAUGGUUACAAUUAAUGGGAAGAUGGAUGGAGCCAAAUACAGGACCAUUCUGGAAGAAAACCUGAUGGAGUCUGCAAAAGACCUGAGACUGGGACGGAGAUUUGUCUUCCAACAAGACAAUGAUCCAAAACAUAAAGCAAAAUCUACAAUGGAAUGGUUAAAAAAAUAAACAUAUCCAGGUGUUAGAAUGGCCAAGUCAAAGUCCAGACCUGAAUCCAAUCGAGAAUCUGUGGAAAGAACUGAAAACUGCUGUUCACAAAUGCUCUUCCAUCCAACCUCACUGAGCUCGAGCUGUUUUGCAAGGAGGAAUGGGAAAAAAUUUCAGUCUCUCGAUGUGCAAAACUGAUAGAGACAUACCCCAAGCGACUUAAAGCUGUAAUCGCAGCAAAAGGUGGCGCUACAAAGUAUUAACUUAAGAGGGCUGAAUAAUUUUGCACGCCCAAUUUUUCAGUUUUUGAUUUGUUAAAAAAGUUUGAAAUAUCCAAUAAAUGUCGUUCCACUUCAUGAUUGUGUCCCACUUGUUGUUGAUUCUUCACAAAAAAAUACAGUUUUAUAUCUUUAUGUUUGAAGCCUGAAAUGUGGUAAAAGGUCACAAAGUUCAAGGGGGCCGAAUACUUUCGCAAGGCACUGUAGCAACGCAACACAAGAUUACAUAUGAUGAAACUUUAUAUUAGAUUGUUAUGAAACUGGACAAAUUAUUUGCCAUUGAAAGCAUUUUCAUUUUUUUACUUUCAUUUGUAGAAUGGUGUUUCAAGACUGACAUGUAUCCAGUAUUGGAAAGUCGUACGCUUUGGGUCCAUGUGUUUUUGACAUGCCUGGUAAGAUACAAUACAUAACAAAGUUUGCAAAAGGGUAUAUGGUAUUUUUUGUUAAAUGCAGUCCCACCAUAAUUAUAUUGUUAUCGAUUUUGAUUUCACCAUAUUAUCACUUUGUGGAUGGUCAUUUAAUAGGAGUAAAUCCCCAAGACAUUCCCAAGACUAUAUUUGUGAUUGAUUGUCAACAUUCAUGUCAAAAUAGUACAUUUUAUUGUAUUGGCCCAAGCCUUAUUUCGAUUGGCCAGUGUGUUUUUGCCUCUUCUGAUCUACAGGAUACUUCCUGCCUUUUUAGCUUUGAUAUCAAUGUCCAACAAAUAUACUGGAAUAUGAGAUGUGUGUGGAAUGACACUGGAAAUACAAAAUAAACCAUAUUCCCAAUACAUUUGACCUGUCAUUAUAGCGGCAUAAUGCUAAAACCCAAGUAUGAUGAUGCUGUUUUGGAGGAUGUUCAGUAAGCUAACCGAGCAGCUAAUAAGAUGAACGGACCUUAAUUACCUUAACUAAUAGGCCUACCUAUUGGAUUAUGUUAUACUGUAUAACCCUACCUGUAUAACCCUAUCUAUCUAUACCUUAAUAGACUUAUCUGGAAGCACAGGGAGGGUUAUACUGUAUAACCCUACCUGUAUAACCCUACCUAUACCUUAAUUACCUUAAUAGACGUACUUGGAAGCACAGGGAGGGUUAAACUGUAUAACUCUCCCUACCUAUAUAACCCUACUUAUACCUUAAUAUACUUAUCUGGAAGCACAGGGAGGGUUAUACUGUAUAACCCUACCUGUAUAACCCUACCUAUACCUUAAUUACCUUAAUAGACGUAUCUGGAAGCACAGGGAGGGUUAUACUGUAAAUUAUGUUAAUAUCACCAGGAAUUAGGUGAAAGUAUUGAGAAAGCCACAUAUCGUAUGAAGUGGGUGUAUAUAUCUGUAGCUCUGGUACCAUCGCGCACCUACAACAACCCCUGACUCCUGAACCCACUCACCAAUCUUACAGCUCUCUCCGCAACUCUCUGUUAGUAGAGGAAUGCGCAUUAACCCCCUGGACCAGAGCUAUACCUGUAGACAGAUCCUCCUUUGGCUGUAAGCUCUGCUUGGCAUGGAGGCACUAGAGUAGCUUGGAUGUUCUCCAUGACCAGUCACAGUGCUAUACUCAGACUGUAGAAGAAGGUUGAGGAUUUUCUGUAGAUAUACCCCCAAAACAGCUGAAUCAUAAAGGGAUCAUUUGGCUAACUACAGUACAAAGCUUUUUAAUGCCAGUUUCUCAUGUUUUGGUGUAACACAACUGACACUCAAACUCUUCACCAAUUUGUCAUGUCCAUAAACCAUAACUAUAUGUGUUAAUCUCUUUUCUGUCUGUGUACAAUACGAAGCAGUACAUGACUUUAAAGAGACAGAAAAAGUCAGUAAUCUGAAGAAAGAAAUGGUGUAGCAUUUUGCUGACUUGGGGAACACCCACGAUUUCCGUGCCUCUGUGCCAGCAUUGUGCCGGGCAGUGUUUAGGUCAAAGGACUCUGGCUAAAGACCCACUGUAGAGAAAGUGGUUUAUUAAGAUAGGGAUUAUAUAGAAGCAGGGCAUGUAUAUUUCUAUUGCUAAAGAAGAGCGUGUCAUAUCUAGUCAUAGAGACAUUUCAAACCGUAUAAAUUACAUUUCAAAUCAUGUAAAUUCUUGGAAAAAUGUGAUAUUUAAUUGUAAAAGUUUAUUGGGAAUGUACAGAUUCCCUGAAGAUAAUUAGCACUGUAACGAAUGAUGACAGUUAAAAAGUCUUAAACUAACAUUGAAAUUAGGAAUUUACUUAGUAACUGCAAAAUAAAAUGUUCUAUGUUUACUUCUUGGUCCUUUCAAGAAGUCAAUACAAAGCUUUAGUGAAUUAUUCCUAUUGCGUUUAUAGAUGUUUGAUGAAGAGGAGAUUGGCAUUGCAGUUUAGUUUGUUUUGUUUGUAUAUUUUAACACUUUGAUUUGUGGACACAAUGACAAGUGCUACGUUUAUAUUUCUGACUAUGUCAUACAGAUGUAGGAUCUUAAUUUGAGCCAGUUUGCUACAGCAAGGAAAUAAGCAUGCAGCAAAAGGAAAUGUGAAUUAUGUGUAUUAGAAUUCAUGGACAUUAUGAAAAUGUUCCUUUAGGGAAAAUCAAGUCUGAAAUUUCAAAGUAGAAACUACAAACUUCAGAAGCCUUUUUGAACCUCAAAUACACUACUAUCAAAUUAAGGUCCUAUGUCUGUACAUACAAUAUAAAAUGCUAAAUACAGUAUAUUGUCUUUUUAAGGAUUGUAAAUAAGUUGUACAUGAUUUCAUUUUGUAUUUUCACAAAUUAAAAAAACUGAUGUAUUGUG